AUGGUUCAUUGCUACAUAUUAGAAAACAUAGAUACUGCUGGCUCUGAAAGAUUUCGAACCUUAACUCCUAGUUAUUACAGAGGAGCUCAAGGAGCUAUUUUAGUAUAUGAUGUGACAAAUCGACAAAGUUUUCAAAAGCUAGACCAAUGGUUAUAUGAAUUGGAGACUUAUUCCACAAGAAGUAAUAUAAUAAAAAUGCUUGUUGGAAAUAAAAUUGAUAAGGAUAGCCGAGCUGUUUCUCGAGAGGAAGGGAUGAAAUAUGCAAGAAAACAUUCAAUGCUUUUUAUUGAAGCCAGUGCAAAAACAUGUGAUGGUGUACAGUGUGCAUUUGAAGAAUUAGUGGAAAAGAUCUUACAAACGCCUGGCCUUUGGGAAAGUGAAAAUCCUCAAGGUUUUUCCCUCACAGAUUUAAGUGCUAACUCACAAAGCUCUUGUACUGGAUACUGCUCUAUAUGAUUUUCUUUGAAUUACUGCAACAGUAAUAAUUUUGUGAUUUAUGGACAAAAACAUUGGAAGUUUCAUCUUGUACUUUAAUUUGUUUUGUUCUUCAAAUUAUAUGCAACUUGAUAUAUAUAUAUAUAUAUAUUUAUUUAUUUACAUUUAAAAUAUAUAACUUUUUUUUAAUAAAUUAAUUAUUUAUUUGUACCACAAAAAAUGUUUGUAUAUUUCUUUUGCAUCAUAUCCAUAAUUUUUAAACAAAUUCCAUUCAUAAUGUUUAUGCAGGUUUUAAAACUUUUUGUUAAAAAUUAAUGUACGUUGUACAAGUAUUUUUUUAUCAGAAAGUUUUCUAUUACCUGCUUCCAAAAAGUAGAAGCAUGAUUUUAAAAGUGGUUUUACAAUCUUUUUCCAAGAAAAUAAAUUGAAGAUUUCUUUCAAGGAAUUUGAUACUUUUACUGUUGUAGAAAAGUAAACCAUUCAACUAAUUUACUGUUAUUUCUGUAUGUACUGGCAUUCAAUUUAUAUUAACCUUAAUUUUCAUAUGAUUUGCAUCUUUUGCUAGGAAUAAAAAUAACCUUUCUCACUUCUACUGUGCUUUUAUGUUUGAAUAGCAUUUUGGAACCAAACAUUUCUUUACUAAGAUUUUUUUAGAUAAAACUUUAUGUAAAUUUUAAAGUGAUUUUCAUAGUAAUCUUAUUUUUUGUUGUUAUGCAUCAUAUGAAUGUAAUUAAAAAUUGUGUUAAUGAAC